UACCUCAGUUGAUUUCUUCGCAAAUUCGAAGGGGAAAAUGGCUCAGCUAGCCAGAAAUGCAGCUCGUCUACUCCCUCAAACGGCGCCGUUUAACCACCGCGCAGCCCUAGCUUCGAUCCACACCACCACCACCUCCCUCGCCGCUGCUUCCUCCUCCACGCCGACGCCGUACUCGCCCUCUCUCCCGCCGGCGGGAUCCUCCCCGCCGGGGAUGUCCAAGGCGGCGGAAUUCGUGAUCUCGAAGGUCGACGAUCUCAUGAACUAUGUCCGCCGCGGCUCCAUCUGGCCGAUGACGUUCGGGCUGGCCUGCUGCGCCGUGGAGAUGAUGCACACCGGCGCCGCGCGCUACGAUUUGGAUCGCUUCGGGAUUAUCUUCAGGCCUAGCCCUAGGCAGUCCGAUUGCAUGAUUGUCGCCGGCACUCUCACGAAUAAGAUGGCCCCUGCGCUCCGCAAAGUCUAUGACCAGAUGCCUGAGCCACGGUGGGUGAUCUCUAUGGGAAGCUGUGCAAACGGUGGUGGUUACUACCACUACUCGUACUCUGUUGUCCGAGGUUGUGAUAGGAUUGUCCCUGUUGACAUCUACGUGCCUGGCUGCCCACCCACUGCCGAGGCCCUCCUCUAUGGACUACUCCAGCUGCAGAAGAAAAUCAACAGGCGUAGAGAUUUCUAUCACUGGUGGACCAAAUAAACUCACAGCUUCGCUAUGCAUAUUCGAAUGCGACAAGGUUUAAUGGAACCACCAACUGUAGCUUUCUCAAAAAAAAUAAAUGCCAUCGCAAGUGAGAGACUUCAUCGGGUGUCACCGGUAUCUGUUCCUUGCUAAACUCAAUCACUCUUUCCUUUUUAAGUUACUUUUGAUCUAUGUAUUGUUUUUGUGAUAUGUCUCACUCUUUCCUUUUUAAUUUACUUCGGAUCUAUGUACUGAUUUUGUGAUAUGUCAUCGAGUGGAUUGUUUAUUGAUCA